AUGCCCUUCCAACCAUGGCGCGCCUUGCCUGGCAAAGGUGUGCUCUUGCUACUGAACAUCUUCAGCGCCAUUGCUUUGGUAUAUGAAGGCUACAACCAAGGUGUCUAUGGCAGCGUCUCUGGCACACCGGGUUUCAUCUCCAUGUCUGGAAUCGGUUUCGGAAGCACAGUUACGCAAACGACAAAGCAGGGCGGACUCGCUGCUGCAUACUACUUUGGAGCAAUGUUUGGCGGCUUUAUCGGCGGAUGGCUGGGCGACAAACUGGGCCGGAAGAAAGGAGCCUUCAUCGGCGCCAUUCUCUCGCUUGUGGGAUCUGCUCUUCAGUGCGGUUCGGUCAAUUCCAAUAUGUUUAUCUGCGCGCGCGUGCUUUCCGGUCUCGGCAUAGGUUUUAUCAACGUCCUGAUACCGUCGUGGGUGUCCGAACUGUCCGAGGCGCACGAUCGUGGUUCGAAUUUUUCCCUUGUCUUUGUUUCCAACUUUCUCGGAAUCUUCCUUGCAAAUUGGAUCAAUUUUGGCAUUCGUAAUAGUCCCAUAGAAUUCAGAUGGCGAUUUCCUCUCGGCUUCAUGUGUAUUCCAAUGCUCAUGGUGGCCCUCACAAUUUUUUUUGUUCCAGAAUCCCCGAGAUGGCUCAUGGCACAUCACCGAAAGUCAGAAGCUGUCGAAAUCCUGUGCAAGAUUCGAGGCGACAAACACAUUGACGAUGCAGCCAUCCUUCAGGAAGUGGAACUGCUUGAGGCUGUUGUUGAAGCAUCAAACCACAAGCGUAACAGUUAUGUCAACAUAUUCCUAGCUGGCCGGUAUUCCGGCAAACUUCACCUCGGCCGUCGUGCCCUGCUAGGCCUUCUGCUACAACAGAUCCAACAGUGGACUGGUAUUCUGGUCAUGGUAUCUUGGGCGAGUGAGCUCUACAAACUUUCAAGCUUCGACUCAUACAAGGCUUCUUGGAUGUCUGGACUGCUCAACACAUUUGGAGUGAUUGGCACCGCAGCUGCUUCGCUCGUCAUCGAUCGGCUUGGCCGCAGAAAAUCCCUUCAGAUCUCAUUCAUCAUCCAAGGAAUAUCGCUUUUCCUUGUCGCAGCUCUCAUCAAAACAUCCCAGGACCGGAUCCUUACAGAUCCUGCAAAAUCCCGGGCUCUGGGAACUGCAGGCUCCGCAUUCACCUUUACAUUUGUCUUUUUCUUCACCAUGUUCAAUAUCGUGCCGUGCUGGAUAUAUGGUACAGAAAUCUGGCCUCAGGAGGUGCGUGCCAAAGGAUACUCUUUUACGAUCCUGGGAUGGGCCAUUGGCUGCGGCACGACAACAUUUGUCAUUCCCAUUAUGCUGAAAAACAUUGGAUGGUGGUCAUUCAUAUUUUUCGGGUGUAUGAACUUUGUUGUCAUGCCCAUUGUCCACUUCUUCUAUGUCGAGACAGCCGGCCGCUCUCUUGAGGAAGUUGACCUCUUGUUCACAAGUGACAGUCCAUUUGUCAGCGCCAAUAUGGCCGAAUAUGACAGACGUGUGGCUGAAGCUGGUGGUAACAUCGCCGUUGCCGCGAGGACACUGCUAGACGAAGUUGACGGCGCGACCGAUCGUAACAUGGAGGCACUUGACGUUCACAACAAAGAAGAAAGUGGCGAGUUGAAGUGA